GCCAAUGCUGAGAUCACUGAGGGAGCCGUGGUGCCUGGUGGUGCGACUGGAGAGAGCGAGCUUCCAGAGGCUGAAGCUAUCACUCCAAAGGAGUCAGAAGUUGCAGCAGCCGAGAAAACAGAUGAGGAAGCAGCUUUGAAGCGUGAUUCCACUGAAGAAAGAGGAGAUCAUGUCGAAGAGGGCUAUGCCCUUACUGGGCAGGCUCUGAGAGCCGUUCAACAACACAUGGAUGUUCAAAAGCGCCAGUGUGAUGACUUUGCGGCCUUCAUGACAGAGUAUCACGGGGAUAAAGUCAUUCAAAAAUAUGCACUGGCUGCCAUCAACAAUUUGGGAGAGAGGGUCCGUGACAUUGCCUGCCAAGUCUCAGGCAGUAAGGCUGACGUCAACAACAGCGUCAAAAGUUUGUCACAGAAGCUUCUCUCUGAGGUGAUCCAGCUGAAUAAUACCACAAAGAGUAACCAUACCUCUUGGGUGGAGGCUGUCAAAGGAAUCAAGGAGGGACUCACAGAGCUGGCACGAGCAGUUACCAGGGAUGCCUUCCGGAAGUGUUCCUGA